GAUUAUAAAUUUAAUCCGAAGGCGCUGUAUCGAAGGGACACGAUAAACGAACCGAGGUAGGUCAGUGAUUAGCAGGGAAGAAACCCUAACGAGUCGGAGGGGGUAAACUAAUCUUGCUCCGGUUGGAUUUUUUUUUUAUAAUUAUUCUCGAAGUGAUUACGGUGGUGCUUGAGGUUUCGGGUUUUUGCUGAUGGCUUCUAAGAGAAUUCAGAAGGAGUUGAAGGACUUGCAGAAGGAUCCUCCAACAUCAUGCAGCGCUGGUCCUGUAGCUGAGGACAUGUUUCAUUGGCAAGCAACGAUUAUGGGACCUGCUGACAGCCCCUUUGCUGGUGGAGUUUUCCUCGUUUCUAUUCACUUCCCACCGGACUACCCUUUCAAACCCCCAAAGGUCUCAUUCCGCACCAAAGUUUUCCAUCCAAACAUCAAUAGCAACGGCAGCAUCUGCCUUGACAUUCUCAAGGAGCAGUGGAGUCCUGCUCUCACUAUAUCAAAGGUUUUACUGUCAAUCUGCUCACUUCUAACGGACCCAAACCCGGACGACCCUCUGGUGCCCGAGAUUGCCCAUAUGUAUAAGACUGACAGAGCCAAAUAUGAAACAACCGCUCGAUCCUGGACUCAGAAAUACGCUAUGGGCUGAGAAAAUAUCCGUUCGGGGUCAAAAAUCUCGCAUGCUAUUUAGGUACUAAAUAAAGACUUUGAUAUGGUUCAGUGACUAAAGUUUGGGUCUUUGCCAUGAUUUUACUACUAAUGUCCUUAUAUCAAGGCAGUUGUUAUGUGAUUAUGUUUUGCCGUUUAUUGGCUUCUGACUGUGAUUUCCUAUGAAUUAGCAAUUAGCACCCUGUCUGUACGUAUGAAAUUAUAGUUAUGAAUAUCGGUUCUGUUAUAAUUUUUGUAGGGUGCUGGUUUUUUUUUUCUUCUAAAAUCAUUUCUUUUCAUCUUGUAUUGUCAAAUCAGUUUUUGA